GUGUCUGUCAAACAGUUGUAAUUCUUUGUUUAUGUUUGUGUUUGAGGUGUUCAAUUAAUAAAUAGUAAAUUAAAAUAGAGAGAAUGAACCGAGAAAGGAGAAACAAUGCUGGUAACCGCAUGUCAAAGCUUCUCGAUGAAGAGGAGGAAUGCAAAGAUGACUUUUAUAAAACCAACUAUGGUGGCUUUGAGGAAACUGAAACCGAUAAUGAAUACGAGGCUGAAGGAGAUGAUGAGGAUAUUGUUGAUUCAGAUUUCAGUAUAGAUGAAAAUGAUGAACCUAUUUCUGACAAUGAAGAUGCUGAGGGGCAGAAGAAGAAGAGGAGGGUGGUCACAGGCUCAUACAAGGAACCAGUACAGAAACAAGAUAAACAGAAACCUAAAGUGAAGCCACCUAGGCCAAAAGUCAGUACUCCUAGACCACCAAGAAAGGAUCAUUCACUUUCCAUAGAAAUAAGUGAACGUAAGUCGAUACGAAAAUCGACGGCGGCGAAAACAGCGGCGACUGCACAGAGGAUUAAAGUUCGAAAUUUGGAGCAGAAGAGGAGACCGAAAAGGGCCAGAGAGGAGGAGUGGAUUCCAACUCAGGAAGAGUUGUUGGAGGAGGCUAAAAUUACAGAAGAAGAAAAUAUACAAUCGUUAGAGAAAUAUCAGAAGCUGGAGAAUGAAAAGAAAACGAAGAAAAUAUCCAAGAAGACUUAUAAUGGACCUAUAAUUAAGUAUCAGUCGUUGAGGAUGCCGCUGAUCGAAGAAUUGGACGACGUUAAGGAGAAAGAAGUGGAUGAAACUAAAGAUGGAGAGGAAAAGAAGUAUUAUGAACGAACGCUGAUCUCGUUCCUAAACGAUCCCAACGACGAGGUCUUCGACAAGUUCAUGAAGAAACGGGUGAAACUGCGACCCGCUCCGAAAGUCAAGUGCACUAUCACGAAUAUGCCUGCCAAGUACAUAGACCCGUUGACCUGUCUGCCAUAUCACAACAGCAGAUGCUUUAAAUUAAUAAGGGAAACGUACUACCAGCAGAUGGAAACGCACGGGGACAAGAGCAACGCCAAGGUGAACGAGUGGUUGAAGUGGUACGCGAAGAACAAGGACAGCGUCAAGUUGAGCGCUCUGGUGAGGUCGUCGAUGUUGAAGAACAUCAAGAAAGUUAUAUGAUGAAAGAGAAUAAAAAAUGUGCUUGUGAACUGAAA